GCGCAGGCGCGGGCGGCCCGGCGGGGCUCGCGAGGCGGCCGCUCUAUGGUCGGCGCCGCUCCUCGUUCCCCUAGGCGAGCCGCCGCGGCCAUAGAGGCGCGGCGGUGGCUAGAGCGGCAGCUGUCGCCGUGGCAACGCGGCCUGCCGGAGGUAUUUAUUGGUUUAAUGUUGAUAGUGGGUGUCAGCCACAUAUAGGGAACAGGUAACCUGGUAGGUGGUUAGGGGAGAGUGAAGGGGGUUUUUGCACAGAAGAGAAACUUGUGUGUUACGGUGCAGGUGGUUAACUAUUUGCAGCCUCCAAAUGCAGAUAAUACGAGCAGAUAUGUGAUGUCUGGGUCUCCAGGGCCUGUGGUCAGUGUGGCAGUGGGCAGACAGGUAUCUGGAGCGCCUCCACUGUGCUCCUGUGCUGUCCAUCCUGAACCAGCCCGCCCUUUGGGAUGCAGUUUGCAGCAGAAGACCUGUUCCUGGUUUAUAAGAAAAAAAAUUGUUUGCUUUCAUCCCCUUUCAAAAUUAAAGACUACUCCUGCAAACCUUCUAACUGUCAAGCAACCGAGAUAGGAUUAUUUCAAAGUUCAAAGGAUGACACAGGUCUUCUCCAAGUGUGACAGAACAGCCAAGAGCUCCUUCUUUGCCACUGUCCACGUGAGGUUCCUCUCCGCAUUUCACAGCCAGCAGAGUAAUCCCUUUGACUUUUGUAUAGGCCUUUCUGUCUGACAACAUGUCCCUGCAUCUUUUGGACGUGCUGACACAAGUGCUCCAAUUGCCAGUACAUCAGAACCUCACUUGCAUCCUGGACCAGCCGCAGAAGACGCUCCCGGCUCUCUUGCUCGGUCGCGUGAACCACGGGGCGGACGUCACGGGACAGCAGUGACCUGCAGCAUCUCCGGCACGCGCUGUGCUUCCGAGGAGAAGGGGCGACACGUUUGUGUGAGCAGUGUGAGCGCGAUGCUCUGCGGCAUCCUUCCAAGAUGUGCCCUUUGUUUCCUUGCUGGCACUUGCAUAAUGAAAUCUCAUAUUCUGCUGAAAGCUAAUUACACAAGGGUUAAUUGGGAUCUCCAGUGUGGGUGUCCCGGAAGUAUGAUGUUAGACAAAAAUACCUGGCAAAGGGUUUUGAAACAGUUGAGUAAUUUUUCAUUGAAUUAAUCUAAUUUUACUGGAGAUUGUGACAUUGUCCUUCUGUUUUUCUUCACUGGUACCCAAGCAGAGUGGGUAUGAGCUGCUUAUUCUGAGAAGAUGGGCUGGGUACGGUCACCCCGUGUCUCUUCCUUGCAGCUGUAUCCAGUUCCCCAGAGCGGUGUCCUCUCACCACUGCGAUCACCACACUCCCUCCUUGCCACGCAUGCACUGUGGUGCACGGGGAAAAGGAGACCGUGCAAGGGCUGUGUCUUAACCUUGACGAUGCCAAAAUGGGAGCAGUUGCUCAUGGAUGACUUUGUCAGGGCUCACAAGGAUAUUUGGUUUUUUAUCCACAAAUCAGGGGACCUUUUGUCCUGGAAGGUCAUCACAGUGGAUGUUUUUUUCCAGAAUUAGGUAUGUUGUACAGAGAAGCAAUGUCAGUCCUUCCAAAAGGAACAUCCUCGGGUGCCAGGCACUGUGGUAGCUGGAAUUUGUUAAAGAAACCUGCAAGCUCGCUAUCAGGGGAAGCCUUCCCCAUACUCCCAGGUGCUCCUCCUGGCUCCUCUUCCUCUGACAUAAGCCUCAUCGGGGUCUGAUAAUUAAGAGGACUGCAUGGUGUCCCUGUCAAAUACAAGGGGUAUCACUGGGGAAAACGAACCGUACAUUUGGUGACCCUAUAACUGUCUACAGAGUAAAUGUCCUUGUUUAAUUCCCUUCACUAAUACUUGGCUAAUUUGGGUCGUGUUUGUGUCAGAUGCUCUACAGGCGCUACACGGAGGGAGGUGAACAGCUCUUUGCCUGGCUGCUACAGCUGUCUGCAGAUGUGUAAUGGUGGGGGCUGUGAGGACAUAACCCUGCACACGGCCAUGCGGACAGAAGGGUUAGGUACUGGACAGGGUCUAUACAUCAUUUACUGUUUUAAAUUAAAUGUUAACAUUUUCUUUCCGAGGAAUAUCUUUGCUGUCAUCGUCCCAAUCCGUCCUGUGCCAGAUGCAAGCCUGCCUCAGCGUUUUGGCAUUCUGCUCGCAAGACCAGAGCAGGUCCUCCAUGAACUCAGAAGUUUUAUCUCUCUUGUUCCAUUGCCCUCCUGGAAAUGUAUUUCUUCGCUCUGCCCACACCGCCGUGCUGCCCUGCAGGCAAAGGUCAGAUGACAUUCUGAUUUUUCAAUGUAAUAGGAAGAUGGAGGAAAUGUCCUUUACGGACUUCAGACCUCAUCACCUGGGAGAGUCUGCGGAGUCUUCCUGGGUGACAGAUUCAAGCACUCUGCAAAAUGACUGCUCAGAGAUUGCACUUCUGUGCGGGGCCGGGAGCGGAGCCGGUGCAGGGAGCGAUGCCGGUGCCGGGAGCGGUGCCGGUGCCGGGAGCGGUUCUGGUGCCGGGAGCGGUGCCGGUGCCGGACGCGGUCGCAGCUCUUUGUCCGGGCCGCGGCGGCGGAGGCGGCUGCGGGGCCGCGGCUCCCGCUCUGCCUUUGUCCCGGCGCCGGGGCCGCCCCGGCCUCCCGCCGGCUCCCGGGGACACCCGGCCCGGCUCGGGGGCUCCCGGGGACCUGGCGGCUCGGGGGAGCUCCGAGCCCCGGUGCGGGGGGCCGCCCCGAUGCCCCGAGGCACGCUGUGCUGCGCCGCGGCCUCCCGCUCCGGGGGCUCCGGGACCGGGCGGGCUGAGCUGGAGCAGCCGGUUUUCCAGGGGACCUUGGAGGACGUGGCCGUCUGCUUCUCCGCGGAGGAGUGGGGGAGGCUGGCGGAGUGGCAGAAGCAGCUUGGCAGGGACAUGAUGCUGGAGAACUACGAACCGAUCGCACCCCGGGCGGACUCCUCCAAGCGCCAGAUCUGCUGCCCGGCCGCCGCGGUUCCCAAGAGGAAGGGGGGGACCUACGAGCGACCACGGAGAAGGGGAGGGGAGCGGAGGCACAGGGAAGCUGCAGGGCUGCAGGGAGCAGGAGGAGGGAAACCCCGGCGGGACCCAUGCUCUGCCCCAGGGAGGGUCCGUCGGGGCUGCGCCGUGGCCCUUCCCGGGUGCAGACCCUCUGCAAGGGCUGCUCUCCCCGGAGCCGUGUCCCGGGGCGGCCGUGCUUCCAGGCCCGUGCUCAGCCUCCAGCAGGCACCUGGGCUUUGCGGGCAGCUUUGAGGGACACAAGUGGCAGCACCGGAGCUGGGGGGACGCUGGCCCUGGCUCUGCGUGCGGGUGUUGCAGGAGACCUCGGCGGAAGCAGAACCAGCGCAUCGAAGCCGCAGGCUCCUCCGCAGCGCAGCCAGCAGCCAGAGCAGACAGGCCGGUGCACGUCAUCAGCGCAGCCCGCGUGCCGGCUGGUGACGUAUCUGGCUACGGCGUCGCCCGGGGAAGCUGGUUUGCAGACCCGUCAGACCUCCAUCGCCACGCUUGGGAGAUUGUCCCCCUCGCUCCGGGACCCGUCGGUGCCAUUUGCCAUCAACGUUCCUCUGGCCUGAGCGCAAAUGCCCACAAGCCCCUGAUGAGGCUGUUGCUGAGGGCAGGGGAAGGACAGCCAGCGCCGGCAGAAAAAUGCCCUGCAGAUGCCAACCCCUGCCCAGAGCUGCAGCAGCAGAGGGGAACACGGCCUGGCGUGGGAGUUCCUGGUCUCACGGGUGGUCCCCUCUUCCCCUCCAAGCAGUCAGCAGAUGCUCUCCAGUCUGCUCUGGCUCCCGCGCCCGAGGGAAUAUUGACUUACUGCUUAAAGUGCUCCUGUAAGUCGGG